AUGAACAAAGCAAUAGCUAUGGGACAAAAACUGCUGAGGAGGUUCUUCAAGGCAAAAGAGGGCCCCAUGAAAAAAAGCGAAGUGCAGCUGGUGCUGAAAAACAUCCACAUAAUAGUGUCCACGCAGCAGGAAAAUAGAAGAAAGAUGCGGAAAAACCAGCUGAGAAAGACAGAUCUCAAUCCUGCAAGAAGAAAGAGAGCGGCAGAAAGCAUCAGCAAUGAGCACAGAGAAUCUGCUGCGGGAGAUGAAAGUGCCCCAGAAGUAGCCUCCACUGAAAAGAUAGAAAAAACAGAAGAUCAUCAUCAGAGAAGCAGCAGCAUGGCACAGAGCAAUGCUCAAAAUAGCACACACAGCAGUAUAGAGAAAAGAGCCAAUAGCUUGCACACAAACUUCAUUGCACAAAAUGAAAAAAACAGCACACAGCCAUCUCUAGAGACAGAUUCUAGUCUGCAAAAAGUUCACCAAAAUAUAAAUAGUUCUAGCACAGCAGAUAGCUUCAAGCAAUUUUCUGCUAUAAAUCAGCUAGAAAGUGCGAAGAGUGAUAGAGUGCAGAGCGCAGAACAGAAGGCACCUAUGUUUAACAUGACUGGGUCUCUGAGUGAGAUACUAAAGAGCAAUGCACUUAGGAACACGUCUAAAGAAGAGACAGCAAGUCAAAAAGAGACAGAGUCUUUGCCAGACAGCAUGAAAGAUAGCUUAGAGUUCGAUGAAAAGUCAAAGUCCCUUUACACGUUUGAAAUAAAAGAGCAGGAAAAAGAAGAAGUGCAGGGAAAUGUGCCUUCAUACAGUUUUACUUUGAAAGAGUAA